CACGCCUCCUCCACUUCCUCCACUGGGGUCAGCGUGCACCAGCGCACCGCGAAAGCUGGGCACAAGGCUAUCUUUUGAUACUUAUGUACGCUAGGCGAUGCGAGCCCGUCGCGACUGCACCCAUCACACACAUGUGACAUACUACCGACUGUCUCUCUCCCUCCCACUCGUCGCCCCGGAUGUCCAUUGCGCCAAUCCCCUCUGCCACUGUACCCAGCAGAAGCAGCAGCAGCAGCAUCGGCAGCAGCAUCAGCAGCAUCAGCAGUAGCAGCAUGUCCGACUUCUGGCGGCCUUGACCGAACGAGACGACCGCGAAGCCGAGUCCAUCUGAAGACGAAUUGCGGGGAUCGGGAGCCUGCAGCGAGUGAGCGAGAGCACGUGUGGUCCUUCCGUGGGCGGGACGGCGAAAUAUGCAGAUGGUCGACCGUAGCGAUGCAGCCGGAUCACAGCAACACCCACCGCCGCCGCCGCCGCCAGAACAUGCGGCGCAGACGCCAGCAGCAACGACGAUAUCGACCCCAAAGCAGCCAUCGCAGCAGCAGCAGCAACAGCAACAGCCCAAAGCUCUCCGCUUCGUGACCACCUCUGGAGCGCCUCACCCCAAGCGGCGACGUAUCGGCGCGGCGUGUAUGACCUGUCGCAAGCGCAAAACAGCAUGCUCGGGCGAGAGACCAACCUGCGAGACGUGUAAGCAAAACAAGCUUGAAUGCGCCGGCUACUCCGAAGCUACCACAACACCGGGCCAUCAUCGAACCACCACCACCCUCGAAAGCAGCAACAGGCGGCAGUCUGACCUUGGCGCUGGCACAAGUGGGAAGCAGAGCAAUAGCCAAGACGUGCACGCGAAAACACCAUUGUCACCAGGAAAUGCGAUAGCCAAUGGGCGGAUUGGCGACCAGUCACCACGCACUGGAGGCGACAAGCGGCCCCGUUCUGCAAGCGAUGGCCAGCAUGGCGAGAACGGGCAGGCUUCACUCUUCUCAGGGCCCCGGAAUCGCAUGCCUUACUUUCGAUGGCUGGGCCCCACUGCGAUUAUGCCUGGGUUCAAACAGAUGGUCGUGAAGGUGAGGAGAAGCGACACAGAUGGCGGUAUGCGGGCAUCGACAGACGGUGGCGCUGGAUCGCCAGCACUGAACGAUCCACGUCCCAACGAGCGAAACUCGGCUGCCGCAUAUUCCGUUACGCCCACUGCUGUCGAGUCCGAUAUGCGGACACCGCUCAGUCUGCCCUUCUAUGACACUUCUUCAGUGCCUCCCAGUGAGCUCAUCACUCACCUCGCCAACACCUUUUUCACCCAUCUGGGCUGCAACUAUCCUUUCUUGCAACAUGAUCGAUUCCUCAAGGACCUCGAAGAAAAGCAGGUGGAUCCGGUUCUCGUCGAUGCGGUUUGCGCGUUGGCCGCUCGCUUUUCCACGCAUUCCCUCUUGACACAAUCUCAAGCAGAUGGCGAAAAGACUACCCCUGCGGACUAUGGCCACGCUUUCGCACAACGUGCAAAGUCUGCAUUGACAGAGACUUUCCCGUGUCCUAGCGUCGCAGCGUCUCAAGCAGCUCUCCUGCUCGCCUAUAACGAGUUUGGCGAACAGCGAGAUAGUGGCUUGUGGAUGUAUCUGGGCAUCUCCGUACGCUUGGCCCAGGAUUUGGGACUGCAUAAGCUGGAGGGCCUGAGGUACGUCGGCAGAGAUGGUCCAACCCCGCGAAUGGUCAAACACGAUCUGCAUGGAUCUGCAUCGAGGUCCUUUGCACCAACGCCAACGAUAGAGGACAACUCGGAGCACGUGGAUCAAAGCAUAGUCGACAAGCCUACCAUGUUGGAUGUGCAAAAGGAAGUUGAAGAAGCCCGAGCUGUGGAACAGGAACGUGUCGAUACGUUCUGGGCUAUCUUCUUCCUCGAUCGUGUUGUCUCGUCUGGCACAGGUCGCCGCGCCACAUUGCGAGAUAAAGAUAUUGAGAUUUCACUUCCGUCCCUGACGCAGACGCAUGGCAAAUCUGACUGGCCAGCACCAUUCCCAGCUUUGAUCCGGAUAGUCCAUCUGUAUGGGCGUGUAGCCGACCUACUCAACAGCAUCAAAGAACCAUCAGACAUCACGGCAGAAACCCCAAAGCGCCUAGCUGCAAUGGAAAGCCAGGUAACCACAUUCUAUCAGAACUUGUCACCACGACUGCAUUUCGAUGCAGUCAACUUCCAGCACUACAUGAAAGCCAGCGAAGGAACGAACUUUGUGCUACUUCACUUCUGGUUUCACGCAUUGAUCGUGAUCCUCCACCAACCGACAUUACUCAAGACCUUUGCAGGACGAAUGCUCCAGCUGUUCCCUAAUUCACAGCAGCUGAGUAUGAGCAGUGCCAAGACGAUUGCAGACAUUCUGAGCUACUCUCAGCUGAUGGACGGAAAGGCAUCGCUCGGAAACCCCUUCACAUCGCAGCCCAUAUAUAUCGCAGCGUGCGCCUUUUUGAGGGAGACGGCGGAGCAGACUGCUACCAGCAAUGCCCAAAGCCGUGCAGGCAGCCCGAACCGGCUCGCGGUGAAAAGCAUCAAUUCCGAAGGCAGCCCGACGUCUACGGGGCCGUCGCACGAGGCAUCACGGCAGGCAUCAUCAAUGCCGAGCAUCAAUGCCACAGAGGUCCACGACGCGCGCCAGACAUCUAGUGCCAAUGAGAGGUCAACGCUGGCCAAACAUACUUUACUGGCUACUGCAGCGUCACAACACUAUCAAUUAUGUUACAAGGCACUGCAAUCGCUCGAGGCGUACUGGGCUGGUACCAAGUACAUUCUGACAGUCCUUGAUCAGAAGUUCGAAGGCGUUGGUGAUCCACUGCUCUACACUGCCGAGGAGGGCGAGUCCUCCAUGGAGCAACCUCGGCCAGAUCCUGUGUUCACUUCACCUGGAUGGCGAAGGAAGCUCAGCUGGAGCUCCUACGUUGCCAAUGCGAAUCUGCCGUCGCCGUUCUGGCCACCGAAAGGCCUUGUCGGCCCGGUUCCUGGCAGCCCUCGGGACGGCGUGGAUCCGAGCAAAGCCAUUGGGUGGACAUUUUCGGGCGACAUGAACUCCAAGUCCACGAACCUGGCUUGGCAUUAUGCUGGUGACGGGAGUAAAAAUCCCAACCUCGAUCCCAGACUGAGCUCGUUGGCUUCUUCGGCGUACGCCGCCCCGACUGGACAGACACAGCACACUCCGGGACCUGCACACUUGCAUCCUGCGGGCACCACCAUUUCGAGGCUGUCAUCACAACAGCCCAAGUACACUGGUGUCGCAAAUUCCGAUGCCGAGAACUUGCUCGCACUGAGCUCACCUUACAACCAGCAUGGUAGCCAGACAUCGCCACCGGCACCUACAUUCGCCAGUUUCCAACCACAACACCAAAGUCACGGCCAACCGCCAUUGGCAGGCGGUCCGACCAAUACGACGGGUCAGCAGACGAUGAACGGCUCCAUGAUGAUGAAUCCACCGUACACUGGUGGUGGCUUUACGCUCAACGACUUUUCCUUCAUGCCCGGAAACAUGAUGAUUGAGUCUCAAGACGUGGACAUGAACAUGCUGGGGUUGGAUGCAAUGCCGUGGUUUGACUCGUAUCCCAUGCAACUCUUCGAUCCCAACCAACAGGCUGCAGGUGGUAGUAAUAGUGCAGGACGCGCGCAGAGGUAGCUUCUGGUCUUGUGAUCUUCUUCGAGUGGUGUGCAUUGAACGAGGGCCAAGAACGAAGGUGCCGACCUCGCCUGAGUUGGUGGACGUUUACACUACUCCAAGCACACAUAUGCUGCUAGUAGCUAGCAACUGAAAAAAACCCGCAAUCGUAAUUCACAGCAAAUGCGCGAAAUGUCUUGCGCAUUCGCCCUACUAUUCGCGGCUCACAGCGGCGAUGGUAUGCGACGACCACGGCAAACUCCUUAGAGCAUUGCCGAAUACAGUGAGCAUACAUAUAGCUCACGUGGCGUGCAAAUAAUC